UAUUACUACGCCGUGUUGACAGUUCCACACCUGUUUCAGAAGACCUGUUGAUAAUAAUAUUUCGUGAAUAUGUUGCCUUUUACUUUUCGUGGUCUGGUUUGAUGUAUAAAAAAACAGGCGGACAAAAUAUAACUAUGACUAAUUUAAAGUGAAAUUCGCACGAUUAGAUAUAAGUUCGAAAGUACCAGGAAAGUAAUGUAAACAAAGUGUAAUGGCUCUUAAAUGCAGAAAGUUUGAACCCAAUAUAUUCAACAAACUUAAAUGUCAGAGCUGUUUUGGAGCAAAGGAACAUCAUUCUGCAGAGGCUCUUCAAAAUAAUAAGGCUUCCAGAAAAGUUUCAAAGUGUGGCUACCUGUUUGUUGCUCCAGAUUAUGAUUUUAAUAAUCCACUAGACAAAUCUAGGAGAUGGCAGCGACGAUUAUUUCGAUUGUAUGAUGAUGGAGAACUGUCAUACUAUGUGGAUGAAGAUCCUGACACUAUACCCCAACAGAUAGUAGAUAUGAACAAAUGUACGGAGGUUAAGGAUGCAGAAAAACUAACCACCCAUCACUGUUCCUUGGCUGUCAUCACACCAGACAAAACAACAUACAUUAAAGCUGCUUCUAAGGAAGAAAUUAUGUGGUGGCAUGAUGCUCUUGUAGUGUAUCCAAGAAGUCUGCAGAAACCAAAGAACAGGAGGUUUACUAUGCCAAUCUUUAGUAGCAAAGACAAGAUAGCACCUUUGGACAGUGGUAGAUUGUCAGGUGAAAGUGCUGACACUGCAGCUAUUACUACAGGAAGAUUUCAGGUAGAGAAAGUUAAACCAAAGGAAACUCAUAUGACCUACCGUGGUGUUAGAAAUAUGAAGCACAAGGGAGAUAAGCACUUACAAGAUGGCCUUCGUAAGAGUAGUAGUUUACAUGAUUUAUCAUCAGAUGAGGUGGGAUUAGAUUUGGCUGCUUCACGCUAUCUCAGCAGGUCAGGAGAACAAUUAGACAAAUUAAAUGGCGCUCAAAAUAUUCUUAAUGAUCCAAAGGUUGUAAAUAACCCAUACUUCACAUUACCAAGGAAUACCUGGCAAACUCUAGCUAAUAAUAGCAGACAGACAGCUUCACAGCCUGCUUUGACACAGCCGCUAGCGCCACCUAGUAGUGCAACAAAGAAACCAGAAGAGAGAUCAGGUAUCACACGACCAAAAAAUACAACUGAGAGGAACAGAUUACAUAGAGAGCGAUCAUCCAGUCUGAAAGAUUUCCAUUCACAGUUUACCCUGGCACCCGAGAAGGGUAAUAGGACAUCCUUAUCUGGUAUAGAUAGGUUGACAACACAUUCUGAUUCAGUUGAUGGGACCAGUGAUAGAGGCAGUGUAAGCAGUGUGUACUCAUCUAAAGACAAUGAAACAGAUGAACUCAAGAUGGCUAAAUCUAGUGAGUUACAGGCUGCAGGAAGAUCACAGUCAGCUUCAGCCUUGCAUCCUGCAGGGGCACAGGCUAGUGUAGGGACGAGAUAUGAGGAUCUUAUGUACAUGAAGAAGGGCUGGCUGAUCAAGCAAGGUAUAUCAGAAAAAGAUUGGAAGAAGCAUUGGUUUGUCUUGACUGGAAACUCUUUACGUUAUUAUAAAGAUGCCAAAGCCGAGGAAACCAACACUUUAGAUGGUAGAAUAGAUUUAUCUACAUGUUACGAUAUUGUUGAAGUCAGUAUUGGUAGGAAUUAUGGAUUUCGUAUAAAGACAAGGAAUGGAGAGUAUUUGUUAUCAGCAAUGACCUCUGGCAUAAGAAACAACUGGAUGAAAGCUGUUCGUCUUGUUAUGGAUUUACAAAACUCAAAUGUUAAAUCUGAGUCUAAAUCUUCUUCAACUGACUCUUCUCGUCAAGGUUCAGAAGAAUUAGACCAGGCAGCUGUCAAUGGUAGACUUGGCACUGCAGCUUCUAGUGAUAGUAAACAAGACACUAAAAAGAAAGAAAGUUUAAAAAAUUCUCGUAGACAUCAUUCUGAUAUUAAUUUAGCUGUGAAUGUAGGACAGUUGUUAAAGGUUAACGAAAUGAGUGAUAGUUUGGAAGGACUUGACUUAGGAAAUGUUCAGGUUCCAGAACAAUCUACUCUAUCUAGGGAUAUAGCUGAUGCAGGUGAUGAACCAAAGCUCAAAAUGUCUGCUAGUGAUUCUGCUGUUGAUAGUCUUCCAUUAAAUAGAUUUGUAGAGGGAAGUGAAAACGUAACUCCAGUAUCUGCAUCAACAACUUCUGUUGAUCCAACAAGGCCUAAAAAGAGUGAGAGCAAGAAAGAAGAAGAUGAGAGGAAACAGCGUGCAAAAUCACCCAGUGCCAGAAUCAAGGACAAAACAAGGUCAAAAGCACAAAAAGUAUCCUCUGAUGAUCUAAGAAUGGCUAUACCUGGCUCUGAUAAAGAUGAUACCAAAUAUUCCAGUUCUGAUGGAGAUACAGGGGACCAGGAGUCAUCUCAAGCUGAGACUUCAUACCAUUCCCUGAUGGAUGAUAACCUGACUGCUUCCUCUGGGGAUGGCAUGUUGGUGGAACUACUAGAAACUGAGGUUGAUUCCCUCAAGGACCAGUUGGAUCAUACUCAUGACGAGAUUGUAAAAUUACACGAGACAAACAUGGAUUUAAAGAACCGAUUACAAACUGCAGUACGAGAAAAGGACGUAACACAGCCUCAGACAGGGUUAGAAAGUCCCAUAAUACGUAGUAUGUACAACGAUCAAAAUCAAGAUUCUAUGCAGGUUACAACAAUGAGAAGACAAGUGAAGGAAGCCAGAGAAACAAUCCAAAAACAAAAACAAGAUAUCGAAACACUUCAGGCAAAACUUGCUAUGUCUACGUCAAAAUUAACGGGAACGGAAAAAGCUCUGUCAGAAGCUCUCAAAGAACUGAAGCAGGAAAAAGAUAAAUUUAUGAAAUUAUCUAAUGACUGGAAUAGAAAGAUACGUAGUUUAGAAAACCAGUUAAAGGAAGUAAAUGGUCAGUUUGAUCGGCAGAAAAGCAGCGUUACUGCAAAAGAAAAUGACAAUAAACGCCUUGAUAAUGAAUUAAAAGCGAGUCAUGUAAGAUGUAACGAACUUGAAAGACAAAUAAAAUCUUAUGAACUAGAAAAAAAAAGAUUGAAAGAUAAUUUAGAUGAUACCAAUAGGAAAGUAGCCUUAUUGAAAGAUGAAUUAAAAAUGAAAGAAGGAAAACUUCAAGAAAUAGAAUCACAUUAUGAAAACCAGAUUGCAGAGUUAGAACAGGAAUUUGCACAGGAGAGAGAUGACGUUGAACAACAUAUGGAAGAUCUAAAGAAACAGUGGAUGGAAGCUCAACGUAAAACUGACGAAUCUGACUCCCUGACGAACAAUAUGGCGGACAUUAUAGGAGAAAAGGAUGAAAUUAUCAACCAGUUAGAAGAGAAAAUGAUAGAAUGUGACAAGAAAAUGUGUGAUAUCACGGAAGAUUACAAUUCUAAAUUACAGGAGCUCAAAAACUUGCAAAGUUCUUCUAAAAAACUUAAGGAGGAAAAUAAAAAACUGGAGAAGAAAUUAGAAGACUUGGAAAAGUCAAAAUCUAAAAUUCAUACUGACAGAAGUAAGAUUGAUAAUGAAAGCGAAUCAUAUAAGAAACAAUAUGAUGAUGUUAAGAAAGAAAACAUAAGUUUAAUGGAAGAACUAGAAACUGAAAAGCAAUCGCUAUCAGACUUGAUUAAAGAAAAGGCGGAGCUUGAGCAUUCAGUAAAUAGAUUAGAAAUGCAAGUACAGGAUAGUCGUGGAAGGUCCAACGAUUCAACUUCUUCAGAUAAUUCCACCGUAAAAGAAAUGAUACAUAAUUUUAUCAUGAUUGAAUCUGAAAUGCAGGAGUUAACACAGUCAGUAGAGGAUAUACAGACAAUAUUUAGUGACUAUCUCUGUGAUAAAGAAGAGGAAGACCAUGUUGAGUUAGUGGGUGUGGCUCAAAUGGUGGACGAUGUUCAUAGUCAUUGCAACAAACUUUUAGAUAUUCUAAAGGAAGGAUCCAAAGAGUUGGGUAUGGAAUCUCCUGAGAAAGAUUCGUCAUCCUCUGAAAUGAGUAGCAAAUUCGAAGAAGCAAUGUCUCAAGUUAAAAAGUUAAAAUCUGAAUUAAAAGAUUCACAUACUCAAUAUGAAUUGAUGAAAAAUAGUGAAAAAGAACUUACCACAAAACUACGCAACAUGGAAACCAGAUAUCAAGGGCAGAUUGAUGCAAUGUCAGAAAAGAUUGAAAAGUUAUACAGUAGAUGUGAGAAAAAUGUCAAACAAAUGCCUAAACCUCAACCAAAAACUACUGAAAAGGGAAGACAUUCCUUAGAAUUAUCAGAACAAAUUGAAGCACAACUAACUCAGCUAGAAGAGAAAAUCAGCAUUGUUGAACAAGUUUUACCAAACAUUAGCCUACCACCUUCUGAGGAGGAUGAGGAUACAGGAAGUGAGAUAGACGAGGAUUCUGAUAGUUUUGAAAGCUCAGAGGAAGAUGGAAGUGAAAGUGACGAUGAAAGUGAACCAAGUGAUAUCUUAAGUAAAUUAAAACAAAUGAAGUCACAGUUAGAAAGGACCAACAAUAGAAUUCAGGACUUGACAUGUGAUUUAAGUGAUCAAACAUUUAGUUCUGCCAAUGAUUCAACUGCUGAUGGUGACAGUCAACAGCUUAGGUCAACACUUCAGAAAUGUGGAGAAAAAAUAGAUAGUUUAACUACUCGUUUUACAGAGAAUGUUAGAAUGGCUAAAUCUGGUGUGGUACCUGGAAGUCUGGCUUCUGUUCAUAUGUUUAAAAAUUGUGUUAAUGAUGUGAAACAAAAAUUAAAGGACAUUAACAAAAUUGUUACAGAGCAUGAAGUUCUAGACGCCAAAGGUCUGAAAGUUAUUAACGAUAAAAUUUAUAAGUUAUUUGAAUAUCUUGCGCCGUACCAAAGACUUCAAACUUCUGACUUUGAAAUAAUUGGUCAGGUUUUACAACAAAAAACAGUUUGCCAGUCUGCUAUUGUUGAUAAGGAGAAUGCUGCCAAAAGAAAACAUUUAGGAUAUGAAGACAAGCUCCAUGUUUAUGCUGACAGGUUGUCAGUUGAGGCUAUUGUAUUAGGGCAAAUGGCCUCAUUAAUACAGCAACACCAUGUGACCAAUUUAUACCGGGACCAAUUAAUGAAUGAAAUAAACUCUCUAAAUCAAGUUCUGUAUGAACUUAAAAAGAAAGUAGAUAGUGUAUCUCAUUCACCAACUAGUGGUAAUGUUGUGUCGAUGUAUGCUUCUGUACUUGCUGAAAAAAUCAUUCUUGAAGGUCAACUGGCAUCAUGUGCUGUAACUGAUGACCAUCACCCCACAGAUGAUACUGCCAUUUUGUCUUCACUUAACAUUUCGGACAAUCCUUCAAUAAUGGCAAUGGAAGUGUUUCUCCGUUCACAAGUGGAUUCUUCUGUGUACCGACAAUUACAACGAUCAGGAGAAUUAUUAGACAAUGCCACUGCUCAGGUAGUCACUCGAUUUCUGUUACAAGGGGAAAUCACUCAAGCUUUACAAAAAAUCAAAGAUAAAUAUAGAACUGAUACUGAACAUGAAAAAGUUCAAGAUUUAGUCAUUCGACAAAGAAAAUUUUGUACCGAGGAACUUAUAGAGAGACAUGAGACUGUGUCAGAAAGUAUCGAUGUACAUUUAAAACUAGUUUUAUAUCUAAUCAAACAAUCACCAAAUAAAAAACAAGCUUUAGAAUCAUUUAUUAAUCUACUCAAAAGAAUCUUUCAAAGACAAUCAACAGAAUUGCAAGAACUUCAUUCGGGUAAUAACUUUGAACAAAACAAAAGUCAGCAGGUUUGCUCAACUCUUCAGUCUGACCUUGAUCAGCUGCUGUCUCAAAUACCAAAGGUAUUUGAUGAAGUAAGUGAUCCAUCUACGGAAGUAGAAGAAUCUGUUGAAACCUUAUCUACGCAGGUAGCAGAUAUGUUACUUCAGAAAUCUGUAACCAAAGGAUGGUUAACAUACAUUUGUCAUUUAAAUCAAUCUAAUAGUGUACCAGUUGUAGUUGAGGUAGAAAACCAGUCCAUUGAUGGACACUCUCAGGCUCUUAGUCAAUCACUAAUGGACGAAGCUACAUCAAAGCAAACUUUAUCUGUGGAAUUGAAGUCUCAAAACAAGGAAUCUGAAAAGUUAACAAACUUUGUGAAUGCUUUACCUGAUAUUGGCUUGUUUAAUCCAGAAAAUAUGGAUUCAUAUUCUGAAAAUUUAGUAAAGGAAGCCAUAUUUCAGUCACAGUUGACCUAUUUGACCUUCAAAAUGAAAUUAGAACAUGAGCGACAAAUGAGAGACUUGAAAAUCAAACUAGAAUCUGGUCAGAAAGUGGCAUUAACUUCUGUAAUAAGUAAAGAUUCAGAAGGGGAUAUUCAGUCUUCAUUAUCUGUGUUUGAGGAAAUAUUAGAGACCAAGUUUGAAGAUGAAUGUGAAGUUCUGAGUAAUUUAGACAAGGAACUUAAACAAUUACAAUCCAUCACAAGUGAUAAUCCUGAACUUAGUAAAGAAUUAACUAACUUUGCUUCCAUGUUUGAUCACGAGCUCUCUGUGGCACAAGAAAGACAUGAUAUACAUUUAGAUGUUCUACGACAAGAAAUGACAGCCAUUUGUAUCAGAAUGGAAACUGUGGCCGAAAGCAACGAAACAGAAAAAGAAUCUCUGAUCUGUGAAUAUGAGGACCGUAUAAAGAGAAUGCAGGAUGAAUUGGUGUGUGUGAAGAUUGAUCAUGAGGAGGAGUUAGAACAAGUUAGGCAAGAUAUAAUGACAGCUGUCUGUGCCAUCAAAGCUAACGAAGAGGAGGAGCCAGAUCACAUAAAGCAUAAAAUGUUACAACAUAAACAUGCUGUGCUGAUACUUUUAGAAGACAUACAGUCGUCACUAGGAGGUGUCAACAAUGAUUUGGUAAAGAAACUGAAAGAACAAAUAGAGGAACUCAAAGCAGUCUUCCUCACUAUUGAGGAUCCAACAGAUGAUCCAGCUGCAGUUAUGUCCCCUGUUGCUAAGGAUGGAGAUGUUUACCCAGAUAGAAGAAUAUCCAUCUCAGCAUCUAACUUAGAGCCUCCUGGUACCCCAGGUCUGGAUAUAUCUCACCAUGAACAUGAACUGGAACUUCUCAAGAAACAAAAAGAUGAUGCCCUGGCAGAGGAAAUCAAGACGACAAAAGCUGCUUUGGAUGCCAUGAGAAAGGCAUAUGAAGAGGAUUUAGAAGAAGAAAAGCAAAAGUACAGAGAUGCUCUGAAAUCUAUGUUUACUGAUGAUUUUGUGGAAGAAAUAAGGAGACGUCAUGAGACUGAAAUGAGUAAAACAACAGAAGAAUUGAAGCAGUUAAGAAUGCAUUACGAUUCAAAAUGUGAAGAUUACAAAGUUCUAGAAUCUAAGAGUGACAAUACAAAAUCAGCUUAUGAAACUCACAUUAAACAUCUUACAACCAGUAAUCAACAAUUACAAGACCUUGUGAAUGAGGAGAUAGGAAAGUUAAAGGACUUCAUACAAAACAGAACUAUGGCCUCUGUUCCAGGAAAUGGUACCAUAGAAGAAGAACUUUAUGAUGCUCAGAUUAUGGUAAGAGUGAAGGAUGCUGAAUUACAGAAACUCAGGUCACAAACGAAGAAUUUACAGAACAGUUUGGAUAGAAGUUCUGAGGAACAACGUGUAAGCAUGACACAAUAUUUCCAACUGAACAAGAAAUACCAGGAGUCCCAGAAACAGUUAAAAGAAAUAUUAGAAGAGAAACGUGCAGAGGAAGCCAAAUCAUCUAGAUCCCUGCGUAGAGCUCCAUCGUUUCACCAUCGUGCUAGAAGUCCAAGUCCUCAGCCUACAACAUCUCCCAAUAAGAAGGAUGCUGCUGAACAUCACAGCAGAGAUUCACAUAGAAGGAGACAUAUUGAUGCAAGAGACUUAAAAAGAUCAAAAAGUAGUCCCUCUAUUCCAUAUGUAUUUGAUGGUCGCCCAGUUGGAAGUCUAGGGAAAAGCAAAGAUUUGAAGAAAUUAACAAGAUCUCCUAAAUCCUGAAGAGAUAUUCAGCAAAAUAGACUAUAAAAGUGGAACUUUGUUGAAAAAUCUUCAUGCCGAUUUCAUGCCAAAUUUUUUUUGUCUUCCUUUGAAUUAUUUUUGUAUCAAGACCAUUAGAUAAACCUUCCAAUAUGUAAUGGAGAGAGGAACAAUAUACUGCCAAUCAUUUAUCUACCAUAAGAUGAACCAUAAAAGUUUUACACGCAAUAUUUCAUCAAGAAAAUGUUAGAUAAUUUUUUUCUCACAUUUGAUCCACCUUAGACAUACAAGUUUCUUUAUAUGUCGUAUGUUUAGAAAAUAUUUACAAAAUUAAGUUGUCAGUUGUAAAAUUUUGACAAUAAUUGUAAUUACAUAGGUUGUUUACAAUGCGGAUGCUGGAUGUUUUACAGAAAGUACAAAUUGAAAAAUUAGGAAGUAUUAUCAGACAUUGUAAAAUUAAGCUAGAAGUAUCCACAAAACUGGAAAGAUUUUGUUCUUAAGGUUUUUUCAAUAAUGAAAGGUUGUUAAUUGUUAGGUUGUAGAAGUUUACGACAAAGAUUCACCAUUUUUUAUGCCCCAUUUAUGGGCAUUAUGUUUUCGGGUCCGUUCAUUCAUCCGUCUGUCCCACUUCAAGUUAAAGUUUUUGGUCGAGGUAGUUUUUGAUGAAGUUGAAGUCCAAUCAAUUUGAAACUUAGUACACAUGUUCCCUAUGGUAUGAUCUUUCUAAUUUAAAUGCCAAAUUAGAGAUUUCCCCACAUUUUCACGGUCCACUGAAUAUAGAAAAUUAUAGCGAGGAUUGGGCAUCUGUUUACUGGGGACUCAUUCUUGUUUAUUAUUUUUUUCUCACUGAAUCACUACUUAAAUUGAAGGCAUACCUAAAUAAGCAGUGCUUUAUAAAGUUACUGUAAACAUAACUAGAAUUAAUAUUUUUGUGCACUAUGACAGAAGUCUUUAACAGGACUGAACCAUUGCAGGUGAAGGGAAAUUAACCAAAAACCAAGGCGGAAACAUCACACAUACUUAUUAAUAUAUGACAUAUUUUUUUGAUAUUGCUUUUGAUGUGAAUUGUGAUAAUUAACCAGUGUAAUAUCAAUGAUUAUUAACCACUGUAAUAUCAAUGAUUAUUAACCACUGUAAUAUCAAUGAUUAUUAACCAGUGUAAUAUCAAUGAUUAUUAACCAGUGUAAUAUCAAUGAUAAUUAACCAGUGUAAUAUCAAUGAUUAUUAACCAGUGAUAUAUCAAUACCAUAGAUCUGCUCCAUAUUUAUCAUGUAAUACCAUAUCCUAGACACCUUUACAUAGAAGUAUUAUAUUGAAGUUUAUCGUCUUCUGUAUGUAGUACCAUAUACUAAUAUUCAUGUAUUAUAUUGAAGCUUAUCAUCCCUGUGAUUUUUAAACAAGUCUUUAUAGCAAAUUGUAAAUGGAGUCUGCAAUACAAAGUGAUCUACAUUGUAAAUGGAGUCUACAAUACAAAGUGGACAAUAUUGGGGGUCCAUUAUAGAAAUUGGGUUGUCUUUCUUUUACAAGAAAAGUUAUUUGAAAAUUUGAAGUUGUCAAUAUCAAAAUACCCAUAGUAAUAUUUAUGUCCAAAAAGUUAUUGGUACUUCAGUUCGUCUAUAUGUGUGUAAGGAAGUAAUGAUAAUGUGCAUGUUGAUUUUAUAUGAAUUCAAUUUUUUCCACUUUAAAAUCCUUUGAGAAUAGCAAAUCAAUGUUUUAAAUUUCUUUUUUCAGUACUACUGAAUUAUACGAGCUCAUCAUUGAACUAAAAAUGACCAAAUCUCUCUUUUUCUCAUUUUUUUCUUGUAUUUUAUGAUUCCAUUUACAUGAUUUAAAGACUUUUAAGUGUAUACAUACCUACAUAUAUAUAUAUGUGCAGUUAGUGUGUUUUUGUUGUAUGUUUAUCGGUUGUGUGUAUAUGUAACCAUGACAAUUAAUCUGUCCAUUAAAUUUACACCAUAUCAUAUAUUUUUAUAGAUAUUGUGAUCGUACUAUAUAUAAUCAUGUGUAAUUUAUAUGAUUAUUGUGCCUUUUUAUUCAGGAAUCUAGCUAGAAGUUUAUUAUUUAACCCUUGAAUGUGUAAUGUUUUGAUACAAAAUAACCAUUAAACCAGACUGUUUAUUUUGUCUUACAAAAUAACAACUAAACCAGACGAUGGAAUGUAACCAAGAUGAAGUUGGUUUUUAGUGUAUAGUUUAGAAAACCAAAAAAUGUAUAUUCAUUAUAGGAUUUUUGAAGUCCCUUUGUAGAUGCUUAGAAAGUAUGAAAUUUCUCAAGUUAUCUUGUACUUAAUAUACUAAAGAUUAAUUUUCAAAUUCAGAUUUGUUCAAAAUUAUUACAAAAUUAUGCCCACAAAUGAUGAGUGAAACUUAAGUUAUAACAAACCAAUUAUUUAUAUAUUUUAUUUUUAAAGUUACAAGUUUUCCUUCCUGUGGAAAUUAUAGAUAUUAAUGAUUUACCAUUUGUUAAUAAUAUAAAGCAAUUAUUUUAGUCAUAACCAAUGUAUAUUGUCAUUCCUUCAACCAUUAUUGGUAUGGUAAAAUCUUGAAAGAAAUUGAUGCAGAUUUCAAUAGGAAUUAAGGUUGACUUUCAUAUAAGCGAAAAAGGUUGUCGUUUACUUAGUUAUAAUGCUGUUGUAGUACUUUGAUGUGAAGAAAGAUUUGUAAGUCAGUGCUAAAGUUAACAUAUUUAUUGAAAUUGUGUGGGUUGGGUAAUAAUUUCAAAGUCUUUAACCAAUUUACAGCCAAAUAUUUAUACAAUACCAUUUUUAUAUUAAAAUAAUUUAAUAUUUAUUACUUUCUU